AUGAGUACUCCAAGAGAAGAUGUUCGUGUCGCAGUGCUCAACAACCUGCUAUAUGCUGUUGGUGGCUAUAGUAAAGAUAGAGGUGGCUUCUUAAGAAGUGUCGAGAGGUUAGAUCCUCGAGUUGGCAGAUGGGAAGACGUUUGUCCAAUGUUACAAGGUCGGUAUCGUUUUGGAACGGCUGUAUUCGAUGGCCAUUUAUAUGUAGCAGGAGGAGAGAGAUCGGAGGAGUCAGUUCAGAGCUACAGCCCUCUCACCAACAAAUGGAUUGAGCUGCCUGCUAUGAAGAUGAACAGUAGGACUGAACGACUAGCUGUCGUCAACGGGAAGUUUUAUGCUCUUGCUGGAUUUGGUUGUGAGACAGUCCAUGUUUUCGAUUCUGAGAUGAACGAAUGGAAACUUCACAGCUAUUUGAACGAAGAACGAUGUGGAGCAGAUGUGGCUGUUCUUCAGGUGCCGUAA